AUGAAGGUAGGCAUAAAUGGAGCAGGAAGAAUUGGAAAAAUGGUGGCAAGAAUACUCCUAGAAAGAAACAUAGAAAUAGGAUGCAUCAAUGAUCCUUUUGUUGACGCAAAGUAUCUUGCGUAUCUUUUAUACAGAGACUCGACACACGGCACUCUUAAGGGAACUCUGGUUGAGCACACAAGCAACUCUCUGGUGGUAAAAAGAGAAGGCAUGCCAGAUCUUUCCAUAGAAGUUACAAACAAAAAAGAUCCAUCUGAGGUAGAAUGGAGCAAAUACGGCGCUGAGUACGUGAUAGAAGCAUCGGGGAUCUUCAAAACAGUGGAAGACUGCCAAAAGCACAUAAAGGGAGGUGCAAAGUCUGUCAUAAUAACUGCCCCUAGCAAAGAUGCGCCCAUGUUUGCAAUGGGAAUAAACCACGAAGAGUACGCAGGAGAAACCGUCAUAAGCAAUGCCAGCUGCACAACAAACUGUCUUGCGCCCAUUGCAAAGGUUCUUGAAGAAAACUUUGGAAUUGAAGAAGGGCUUAUGUCAACCGUGCAUGCUCUAACAGCCACGCAAAGAAUAGUCGAUGGAAUGUCCAUGAAGGAGUACAGGGAUGGCCGAGGAGCCCUGCAGAACAUCAUUCCUGCGUCCACAGGAGCAGCCAGUGCGAUUGGCCAGGUGAUUCCCAGCCUCAAAGGAAAGCUCACGGGAAUGUCCUUUAGGGUGCCUGUGCCAGAUGUAAGUGUCGUGGAUCUGACUGUGCGCCUGAAGAAAAGCGCAAAGCCUGAAGAGAUAAAAGAGGCGAUGAAGAGAGCAAGUGAAACCACUUUGAAGGGAAUUCUCAAGUACACAGAAGAUGCAGUGGUUAGCAGCGAUUUUAUUGGAGACAGUGCUAGCAGCAUAUUUGAUGCUACAGCCUCUAUUUUCCUUUCAGACCGCUUUGUCAAGCUUAUUUCCUGGUACGACAAUGAGUAUGGAUACUCGCACAGAGUAGUUGACUUGCUUCUUCAUAUCAGUAAGUUUGGAAAAUAA